GUUGCUGCAUUAUACCUUGGAAAUAGACAUGGUCUCAUAUUACUAGACUUGGUGCAAAAAACACUCACAAAUGGACUAAUCUUUUUCCCUGCAGGGAUGGAAGAGUUAAACACUCCCUAGGUCAUUUCCAGCAAAGUCCUGUAAUCUACCUGUCAGGGUUACAUCUCUCAGAGGGUGGAAAGUGUAGGGAAUCUCUUGCAGUGUCCUUAAUGCCAAGUGCUAAAGGCAGGGAAAUGUGCCUUAAAGACACGGCUCCUGGCUGCUUCUGACGUAUCUGCUUCCUCUUAGGUUCCUCUAUAAAGAAUCUUGCUUCCAGCCUACAUCCCAUAAGCCAGAACAGCACUGGCUAUGACUCCAGAGAUCUCAGCCUAGCACUUAUUGGGACUGUGCAGCAGGGAUAUCCCCUGGGCUCUGCCUAGCGCUUAUAGUGGCACAGUGUAGGGAGGAGGGGUAACCCUGUGUGCCAGCUGCAGGGGGAGAGUUGCUGCCCUGGGAAGGGGAGAGUUGCUGCCCUGGGAAGGGGGGAGUUGCUGCCCUGGGAAGGGGAGAGUUGCUGCCCUGGGAAGGGGGGAGUUGCUGCCCUGGGAAGGGGAGAGUUGCUGCCCUGGGAAGGGGAGAGUUGCUGCCCUGGGAAGGGGAGAGUUGCUGCCCUGAGGUGGGGGAGAGAAGUGUGGGCCGGGUGUGUGACCCAGUUCUGCUGCUCAGCACCUGCAGCCAGCGCAGCUUGUGAUUCUGGGAGGCUGUCAGCUCUGCACCCUCAGCUGGGAUCCCUCACCUCCUUAUUAUGCCCAAAUUGCUUCAUCAGCCAAGGAGACAAUCCAGAAACUGAGGAGCUACAAGAACACUCUAAAGUGGAAGAAGCACUUAACUCUGUCAUUGCUAACAGCCUUGGGACCCUUACUUGUUGCUCUGCUAUCCCAGUGACCCACCAUGUGCUGCCAGUGUCCCCCCUGCUUGGCUCUGCUGCUGCUGCUGCUACAGGGGCUGCUCUGCGCUGCAGGUGACUAUCGGGAGCGCAGUCGUUUACCCAAACCUGUAAUCAGCCCUCGGAAAGACCAUGUUCAUAUUAACAAGGGAGAAUCUUUCACAUUUACCUGCAGGGGAUCUGGGAAGCUGAAAUGGGAUUUGGCAGAAAUGUCCCAUUUAUCUAACAGAAGGUUCAGCAUAUUGCCACAGUGUCGCGGGCCUGAUGAGAACCAGCGUGUUUGCAGUCAGUUAACAAUCUCAAACGCCCACCCCAAUGACACAGGGCUCAUCAGUUGUCAUUACAGGGGAAGUAGCAAUCUAAAGCGAAUAGCCACAAUCUACUUGUAUGUCAAAGAUGAUGCCCAGCCAUUUGUUGAAGAACGCACAGAAGAUCCAGAAUUGAUCACAUAUACAAAUGAAGAAAUGGUUAUAAUACCUUGUCGGGUCACCUCUCCAGACUACAGAGUCAGCCUAAGAGGGCUAUUCUCAAAGAAACAGGUGAACACUCCAGAAAUGACAUGGAACCCAAAGAAAGGUUUCAUCUUUUCAAGCCCACCUAAUUCUGUUCAAGAAGUCCUGGAAUGCGUUGCAGUGGUGAAUGGGAAGAAGUUCUCUUCGUUGUACAUACUACAGAAAGAGAAUUACAAUGUCACUAUUACUACUGUGACCGCAAGUGCAACCAGAUUGGUGGUGGGGGAUCCACUGACACUUUUUUGCAAAGGAGAAACUGGAUACAAUUCAAGGGUUCUUUUGGACUGGGUGCAUGGCAACAAGGUUCUAAAAUCCAUUUCAACGUUCAGUAACGAACAAACUCCUUAUGUUGGAACAAGAACAGUGAACAUCUCGCAUAUUUCAUUGCAUGAACAGGGAGUUUAUACCUGCAGGGAUAGAAUAUAUACACAAAAUUUCAAAAAAAUUUACAUUCGUGUUUAUGAGAAGGGAUUCUUGAACAUAAGUACUCCAGAUGGGCAAAUCCAUGAAGUAAAUGAAGGUACUAAACAAGUUAAGCUGACUGCUAAAGUUGACGCAUUGCCAAAACCUGUCGUUACUUGGUACAGGAAUGGAGUGCCGAUAGGAGCAAAUCACACCUGUUACAAACCUGAGCCAGAGGAUUACAGCCUGGUCAUAAAGAACCCAAGCGAAAAGGAUUCUGGAAGUUAUACCAUGGUUCUCAGCAACUCUUGGUAUAAUAAGAGCAUCAGCUUCAUUUUGAUUGUCAAUGUUAAGCCAAAGAUUUAUGAAAAGGAGACAGACUUUAACAUACCCAAACCUCUUCUCUUGGGUGAACCCCAUAACUUCAGAUGUACAGUUUAUGGACAUCCCCUUCCACAAAUUCGCUGGGAGUUUCAGCCAUGCCAUAGUUCAAAUACACUGUGUGAAGUAGAUGAUGCGAUUCCAAGGAUUCCCGUGAUACCGGAACGCUCACACACAAAUGAGUCUAUUUCAGACGCAAGACCAGUGAUAGAGGAAAGCAUUAUGGAGCAGACAAAAAAUAAGCUUGUGAGCAUACUGACUACCUCACGGUACAGCAAUCAGUCUGGAAUCUUCUUCUGUAUAGCUUCAAAUGUGAUGGCUGAGGUGAAGAGAUCCAUGCACUUCAUUCUUUCAGACAUUAAACCCGAAGAAACAAAGGAGAGGACUGAAGCUCUGCAUGGAAGUGAUGUCAAGCUGGUCUGCAGGGCAGAAAGAUAUAUCUACACAAACCUGUCUUGGACCUUCCCAGGCAAAGAGGAGAUUCCAUGCUUAGAAGAGGUGCAUCCUCAAAUGACCAAGAACACGUAUCAGGAAUACACCAUGAGUUGUUUACUGUUGCUGAAGAAUGUGACACAAGAACUUGCAGGAACAUUCAGAUGUUCAGCUACAAACCUCUAUACCGGAAUGCAGGAGGAGAAAAAUGUCAUUGAUCUUGUGAUUAAAGAGAAGGAGGCUCCACAGGUUAUACAGGAGCUUGUGCCGAUGGUUGUAAACAGCAGCAGCACCCUGUUCCUGGAAUGUAGAGUCAAUGGAACGCCUACACCCACAAUUAUCUGGCUGAAGAAUGGCUAUGUGAUUAAACCUGCUUCUGGCAUUACCCUUGUGUACAAUAGCACUCUGGUCAUUGAGAGGGUGAAGAAGGAUGACGAAGGGGUAUAUAUAUGUGAAGCUGUGAAUGAACUGGGGAAAGUCAGUACAUCUGCCUUCAUUACAGUACAAGGUGUCGAGGAAAAAUCAAACAUCGAAGUGAUCAUCCUCGUCUGUACAGGGGUGGCAGCCACAUUGUUUUGGCUACUUCUUACCUUAUUCAUACGAAAGCUGAAAAAGCCACAUGGCUCCGACAUGAAGACAGGUUAUCUGUCCAUUAUUAUGGACCCAGAUGAGAUACCUCUGGAUGAGCAGUGUGAAAGGCUGCCCUACGACAGCAGCAAGUGGGAAUUUCCCCGUGACAGACUCAGCCUUGGAAAAACUCUCGGUCAUGGUGCUUUCGGUAAGGUGGUGGAAGCGUCUGCUUUUGGCAUUGAUAAAUCCUCAACCUGCAAAACAGUUGCUGUUAAGAUGCUUAAAGAGUGUGCAACAAACAACGAACGUAAGGCUCUAAUGUCAGAACUGAAGAUCCUUAUCCAUAUUGGCCAUCAUCUCAAUGUCGUGAAUUUAUUGGGAGCAUGUACCAAGCCUGGUGGCCCUUUAAUGGUUAUAGUAGAAUACUGCAAGUAUGGAAAUUUGUCUAAUUACUUAAGAAGCAAACGUGGUGACUUUAUAGCAUAUAAGUAUCAGGAAGCAGAGAAAGCCUUGCACGGCUCAAUCAGCGAUCUCUCUGAACUAAUCAAGAGGCGCCUUGAAAGUGUUGCCAGCACUGGAAGCUCAGCUAGCUCUGGAUUCAUUGAAGAUAAAAGCUACAGUGACUCCGAGGAGGAGGAUGAAGAUCAUGAGGAUGUCAGUAAGAAGCUGCUAAGCAUGGAAGAUCUCAUAUGCUACAGCUUCCAGGUUGCCAAAGGCAUGGAGUUCCUGGCAUCAAGAAAGUGUAUUCACCGGGAUUUGGCAGCCAGGAAUAUCCUUCUGUCUGAAAAUAAUGUUGUAAAGAUCUGUGAUUUUGGUUUGGCCCGUGAUAUAUACAAAGAUCCGGACUAUGUGCGAAAAGGAGAUGCACGAUUACCUCUUAAGUGGAUGGCACCUGAAGCUAUUUUUGAUAAAAUCUAUACAACACAGAGUGAUGUGUGGUCCUUUGGUGUUCUCUUAUGGGAGAUAUUUUCCCUUGGUGCUUCACCCUACCCGGGAGUGCAAAUUGAUGAAGAUUUCUGCUGUCGACUGAAGGAAGGGACUCGCAUGAGGGCCCCAGACUAUUGCAGUCCUGAAAUUUACCAGACCAUGCUGGAUUGCUGGCAGGGGGAGCCAACAGACAGGCCCACCUUUACCGAUCUGGUCGAACGCCUAGGAGAUCUCCUUCAGGCCAGUGUUCAACAGGAGGGAAAGGACUAUAUUCCUCUGAACAUGGCUUUGUGUACUGAUGGAGAAACCAAGGCAAAAACUGGAAGCAAAGAACCAAGUCAAAGAGAUUCCUUCACACGAUGGAGCACACUGGAAACUGGAAACAACAACAAGAACCGACCACUGAGUGUGAAGACCUUUGACGAGGUGCCAGUGGGAAAGGACAAAGUUCUCACUGAGGAGUUUGAGUCGGACAGCGGGAUGGUCCUAUCUACCAUGGAAGUAAAGAACCUAAAGCGACAAGAAACCCGGUCAUGGCCAUUUGGAAUUAUUGCUCAUGCAAUGAAAGCAGUGAGUAAGAGCAAAGAAUCAGUGUUAGGAGACAAUGACAGAAGCAUUUUUAAAUACCAGCCGCCUUCCCAUAUUGAAGAAGACCCUUUGGAUCUCACACUUGAUGAGCUUGUCCUUAUGCCAUUGGAUCUUACCCUGGAAUGCCAUAGCCCACCUCCAGAUUAUGACUCUGUUGUCCAUUAUUCAACACCACCAGUUUAGGAAAAACAACUCUUGUUCUAAGUUUCACUGUGGAUCCACGGACAUCAUCCCACACCCCGCCAUCUAGUACAAGCACACGUAGAAGAUAUUCAGACAUUCCAUGAGUGGACAAUCAACCUGUCCAGUGAAUGCUGGUCACAUCGAAGACAUGAUCUGUUCCAAAGGGAAGAACAUUUGCAUGGGACAGAGGGUACCUAUUAAGGUAUUUCCCAGAUGGCUCUAUUACCAAAUUGGUAAAAGAUAACAGAUAAAAGCACAAUUAGUGAACUGAAAUUCUAUAAGGUUAAUGAAAAGCUAAGUAUUAUUUCACGUCAAGGCUUCUGGUUUUAUAAUCAAAGUGCAAUGCAGAGCUGAGGUUAUGGAUCGUGGAUUAAAUGCAAAUCACAAGUCUCAGGUAUUUGUCUGGGCACCUCUAACUGCCUUUAAACCAGCCUUAGGGCUUAUACCCACACAGAAUAGGAGACGCGUUUUAGCUGUGAUGUUGUUCGUGUCUGCUGCUGCCACAGGAUUAUGCAUAAAAAGGCAACCUGUUAUAGCCUUAACUGAAAUAGGUUGUCCUUGGGUCACUGAAAUGGUCAAGUGUAAUAGGUUUAGACUCCUGCCUUCAGUAUAAGCAUAGUCUUUCUUCAUUAAAUAGCAAUAACAGGUGUAACAGUAGCUCCAGUUCUUCUUACCGUUAGCAACUGAUCAGCAGAUAGCAUGAAAUGGUCCGCUGAAUGAAAGCAAAACCAGAUCUGUUGCUAUGGGUUAUGAGACCUGGAGAAAACUUACAUCCACCAAAUGGCAGCCAUGGCUACUGAUUAUAGAAGGGUAAUUUCUGCCACUAAUAGCCCCACCAUCACCACCCUGUAUUCACACGAGUAAAAAAUUUGAACAGGGGAAUCCUGGUGGUUUCCCAGCAGUUUGAAUCUUAUCACAUUAUUUACAAAUUACUUAUAAAUUUACGAAUUGACAGGGACACAAAAAUAAAUUGUAAAUCUAAACUGCGCUGAAAUACACCAAUUAUUGGCACUUUAACACCCCUGUUUUCUGGGUGACAUCACUCUUAGUUAUAAAGCUGUGUAAUUUUAUGGGAAUGUGAAGCCAAGUGGAAAAUUCCCACAUAAAAAGAGGUGUUAGCUUGCAAAGCCUCAUAAAAACUGCCCUUGAAUGGCACCGCUUUUUACACUGCAUUUUACUCCACUUUUCACACCGGAAAGUUUUUGCCUCCUGAAUUUGUCCCAUUGGCUUUAAUGGGUUUAUAGUGGUUUAAAAUGUGGUGUACAUUUUGGCAGUAGUCUAAAUGAAAUAAAUUACACAUACAUUAGCUCCUUGUAUGGGAUAUUUCUGUGGUCCUGAUACAUGGUAUUAAAGACAACAAAACCAUAUUAAUACGCCAACUAUUUUACCCAAACAUUUAUGCUGGUUUUUAGGCAGAACAUAUUUUACCCAUCUUUAUAUGAAAAGGUCCAUGAUAUUUUGAUAUUUAACAUUUUUUAACCAAAUUUGAUGUAAAGGAAACAAGAAGUGUUGGUAACCCAACUCUGGAAAGUUAAAAGUUCAACAACAACUGAUAAAGAGGGACCGUUUUAUUAGGGAACUGAGGCUGAAAGGGUCAAAAUGUAAAUCCUCAGCAUUGAAUUCAGUGAGGUGAGGCGUCAGUAACCCCUAUCGCCUGCCUAACACCCCUUAUAUCUUUGCAAAACCUUUCCACAGGUUUUGCACCUUCAAAACAGCAAUAAAGUUCAGCUGGCUUGUACAGGAAACAUGUCACAUGAUCAUCAGUGGCAUUUCUUGGUGAAAAAUGCAUUACACACUAUUGGUUUAAGCCUUGUUGAAGAACUCAGAUUGUGAAAGCAGUUCUUGCUGGAAUCUAAACCUCUUGGCAGAACAUUCAUUCUAACACAUGUUUUUAAUCUGUAUCUGUCUGAGAAUGAAAGGUAGAGCCAACACUCUCUAGGUAUAUAAUGGUAUGUGCUUGUUUUUGGCAGCGUAGUUGCAAAAUAGGAGCAACACCUGGAACUUGAAGCAAUAAUAGAUGAUUUUCCAUUCUAUAGACGUCUUCUAUCAGUUAUUGUCCCAUUUCCAGCUCCAGAAUUAAGCACAGCACUGGAGACAUUCAGGGUGUUUACAAAAGGCAUUUUGUUCUGUUUAUGGAAAAAUCUGGAAAACACAGGAAAACCCCUUAUCUUUCUAUGUGGCCAGACUCUGGGAUAAUAUCUAUAGCACCAUUGCAUGACCAUCAGCCAACAUCUGUAACCCAUGAGUUCCUGGGUUUGUAAUGUUUUACCUUUCAUUGUGUUCAAGAGAGUUUAACAUACCUGUAAUACAUCCAAUAGCUUGGCUUUUAACCUCACAAUCAAAAUGGACACUGAGUAUUUCAGUUGUUUUUCCACCUUUCCAUUUGGCCAUGAAACUGCUAUUUGGUUCCUAAUAGGGAGAAAAGGAAUAACUAUUAAACAAAUAACAGUAAAUAUGUGACCUCACAAUUGGUUUGCUUCUGGUUGCUAGGGUCAAAGGCCAAAAAUAUGAUAGGGGAGCACAAUAUGGUGGAGUUCUACUAUAUUUUUGACUGUUCAACAUGUGCAAAAACCAGAGGAAGGGCAGGAGUUGGGUUACCAUCAUUUUAUAUUCUAAAAAACUUGUUGUCUCCUUAACAGUGGCCUCAAACCAUGUUUUAUUUAAAGAGAGUGCCUUAUUACCUGAACAGUUAAUAACAAGAACCUCAGCAUACGUGUAUUGUAUAGUAGGAGAUCAUUCUCCGCCGUAGCACAAACCUUUGCCUAUACAUUCCAGUGAAAUACAAAAGGGUAAGGCAAUAACAUUUACAUCAGGUGUAUUAUAACCCAUAGCAACCAAUCGGCAGGUAGCAUUUACUGCUCACCUGACUGGCUGCCACGGGUUACUACAUCUGGUACAACUUUUGCACCUUUUUUUUUUGUAUUGCCCCUUAUUAUUCUUAAAUAUAACCAUUCAAGUGCUGCCUGUGCCUUUCUGCUGUUAAAGGGAUAUUUUCACUAUUCUUUUAAAAGAAUGCCUUAAAGUAUUACGAUAUAUGUAGUUUUGUAUUUCUACUAAUAUUUCUCUGGUCUCGUUUCUAAUUUAAUUAUCAAUAUUUUACCUGAUGUAUAAAGUGUAUUUGCCAGAAGUCUCUUCAUUACAUAUUUUUAUAUAUGGAAAUUGUUGAUAAUGUUUAAAGCAAAGUUCCUGUCAAUGUUGUAAUGCUUGCGGGGCAAGCCCUGGAGUGUGGCUUUCCUUUCCAGUGAACAUGUGAUGCUGCUGCCUGCGCUCGCAUUGGUUGAAUUACCAGAAAUGUCAUGUAUCCAUAGCACAGACACAGACAGGCACGGGCUCCUCAUACUGACAGCUGCCAGGAAUUUCUGCCACUGCAAAAUGCUUCAAUGUAUUCAGACUUAGUAGCCCCGGUAUGGAACAGGGUAUCAGGCACAUGAUAUCCACCACCCUUCUCAGAAUCAGAGCCAGCAGUACAAGACAAGAGGUUGAGAUAAAGUACUAUAUAUAUUUAUAAUAUACAUGUUUUUAUUCCCAAUGAGAUUUAAAUGCACUGUAUUGCUUAUAAGCCACAAUACAGGGGUGCCCAAUCCCAGGCUUCAAACAUAUACUUACUUUAUCUCUUUUCUUUUCGUGUACCCUUUAUGAUGCCCCUUCCCAAAUUCUCAGUUUUCAACUCUUGAUCUCAUAGAAGCAAACAGAUACCUAAGAAGUCCCCCUAUUCCCCCAAGCCUGUUGUAUUAGGCAUCCAUAUAGUGAUUUGUAGAGGGACCCAGACACAUGAUGUGAGGGUGCUCAGGCAUAGCUUGUGUGAUCUCAGGGACACGUUACACUUCAGUACAUGGGCAUGUGGGGCUAGGAGCCGACCUUGAUAUACACACUCAGGGAGGUAUAACAGUUGUAUAUCUAAGUGUUAUGGAUUCUUAGAGCUGGACUCAUUCCUGUUAUGUGACAUUUUACAAUCCCAUUGUCCCAUAGCCCACCCCCACAUAGCACACAUAGCUUCUAUACCUUACCCAUGGAAGGAGAGACAUGCACGUGAGAUGGCCCCAAAUCCUACCGUUCUACCAAACAAACAGCCUGUUUAUACUCUUUAAUAACUGAGCACUGUGCUCUGAAGCAAUGUUGUUUUAUACACAAAGAGUCAUAGAGCGGACAAUAUGGGGAGUAAUACAUUGGAGGGCCAGAGAUUGUCCAAAGUAGGUUAACUUAUGCUUCAUGGUUGUUCUAUACAGAUAUUUCUCAAUUUCUUCCAGGCUUUGAUUUAGGGACCCCUGGUAGUAAAGACAAUCUGAUAUUUCUUAUGUAAGUGAAUAAAAAAUGGGGGCCACUAAUUGUACAAUAGAGGAGCCAUGGAUCAUUAAAAGGUCUAUUUGUUACCAAAUUCUAAUCUGAUUGGCCCACAGGUUAGAAGAGAUUUGUGUGUGUAUCAUAUCAGGGAUUCCUUGUUGCCUUUUGGUGGCCAUUGGAGGGAUAUUAAACUGCUGGAAGAAAUAUUCCUGAUCAUAGACUGACAGCUACUGCUUUUUACUCACAGAUGUAUGAUCUCCAGAGAGAAUGCAUAAUACGCAAUAUAAUAUUCUACUACAUGUAUGUAAAGUGUAUAAAAUGUAGAAUUAUUUAAAAAAUAUUUAUCUUUGAGAAGGAUUAACCACUCGUGCCUUUAUAUACUAUCUCGCUGUCCUUACGUUUGCGCCAUGGUGCCGGCGGCAAGCUUUAUUUGUUAAGGAUGGUUAAGGUUCUAGUUACCUUGUGUUUUAUAUCACAUCUACGUUUUGUUACAGCAAAUUAUAUUGUUUGCAUUUAUCGGUAUGUGUAUAAAAUAUAUAUUUUCCUUGUCAUUCCUUGAGUGCUAAGACACAAAUCUAUGCUUGCCUUACAGUGCCAAACUCUACAGUAUAGUCAGUAGUUUUCCAUCAAUACAGGGAUGUGAGACAUAGAUGGGCCCUCUUACUGUUGGGUACUUGAGUUUAAGAUCACAAUAGCUAACAGGCUACAUGUUGACCUGCCUGAUUUAGGGUCUUUUAUUCGAGUAGCUAAGAUCUCUUACAUAUUAUAGACAAGCACAGGCAGAUGGUAUUAGGCUACUAUAACUAAUAUAUAUUGAGGUGUUGUAAGAAAAGCUUUUUCAUCUAUACAUUUUUCAGGGAAAAUGACAGGUCUGUUUCUUACAUGUCUACAGAGGAGCCACAGUCUAAAUAAACUCAAUAUGUGGAUAAGUGGAUUCCCCAAGUCUGUUUAUACAUAGGGACUACAGUUACAUGCUAUAUUCCAGAUAUAUUAUUUGGCCAGGUGGCCACGCUGGUCGGUGAGGCAAGAUAAGCUCCUGGGGCAGAGGUGGCAGUUUUCCUUGUGGCGAAUUCUGGCACAGGGAGAACAAAUAGGCAUCUGGGCUGCAGUGCUGAGCAGGCUGGACUGGCAAUCUGUAGGUUCUGUAAGAUGCCAGUCAGUCACUAUUUAGUGGGCCUGUCAGAGCAUAUUUUGAAUCCCAGUCUAGGUCUGGUGCUGAGGCUAUGGAUACGGAGCUAGAGGAACAAAUCAUUGUAUAUUUCUUUAUCAAACGCACACAUUUGUGGUUUUGUCAACUGAAAACCUGUAUGUUCUCAUCAGGGUCACCUAAAACUUAAAAUUUACAUUGCAUUUAUUUAUUCUUUAAAUUAAGCACCAAAAAAAGGCGUUUAAUGGUUGACUGUGGAAUGUAGGCCUUCCCCUGAGAGUCGCCAGCAGCCUGAUCCUGUGCACUCCUGGGGUAUUUGGCUUCAUGUAUGUAUGCACUGAACUGUCUAAGCUUUCAUAUGUACUUUUGAAAUGUAUUUUAUGUAUUAACAAGAACAAAAUAAAGAUGAUAUAUUUAUAUAGCUCCA